CAUCAAUUUCACUCAUCAAUCUGCAGUUUAUUAUUAUGACGACCUGCGGCUUUCCUCUUGAUCUCCUGCGGACCCAACUCCUUGUACUGUGUUGUUUCACCUUCACCGCGGCCUUCAGAUUCCAGGCGGGUUUAUCGACUCGUCUUCAGUACCUAAGCAAUGUUACAGACCAAACUGCGCUGCUCUCCUUCAAAUACAGCACCAAGGACCCUGCCAACGCCCUGUCCGACUGGAGCACCAGUGUCUCCUUCUGCAAUUGGCAUGGAGUUUUCUGCAGCCAUCGCAGACAGAGAGUUGUUGCUCUAAGCCUCAAUGGUAUGUCCCUGCAAGGUACGAUUUCUCCAAAUAUCGCCAACCUCUCCUUCCUCCAUUUCCUCGAUCUGGGCUCCAACUCUUUCCACGGGAGUCUUACCCUCGAACUUGGUCGGCUCUCCCGCUUAGAAUUCCUCGACCUGUCUCAAAACCAGUUGCAAGGGACAAUCCCGCCGAGCCUCUGUCGAUGUCGUCGUCUUCAACAGGUGGAUUUAGAGCACAACCAGUUGGAGGGCGUCCUCUCAGAAUGCUUGGGGAACUUGCCAGAUCUGUGGUCUCUCUCCCUUCGUGCCAAUCAGUUUGCUGGCACCAUUCCACUCGCUUUUGCAAACCUUUCAAAACUUGAGCGCAUUGAUUUGUCUCAUAACUACUUGGUAGGGAACAUACCUGAAGCACUAGGCAGCCUGUCCCAAUUGCGUAUCAUGAGACUGUCAUACAACAAUCUCACAGGCGUAGUGCCCCCUUCCAUCUUUAACAUCUCUCUUCUCCAAACCUUGGCUCUAACAGCCAAUGACCUUAGAGGGCAACUUCCACAGGAGGGCGUUACUGUUCCCAAUUUGCAGAUGCUUUACUUAAGCCACAACGGUUUCAGUGGGCAGAUGCCAAGGAGCUUGGCCAGUUGCCGGAAUCUACAAGAGCUUUCCUUAUCAUUCAACCAAUUUUCCGGCAGCAUUCCUUCAUGGUUGGGGGGUAGGCGUAACCUCACAAUGUUAUAUCUUGGUGGCAACAAGCUCACUGGCACAAUCCCACCUGUUUUGGCAAACCUCUCAGAACUCCAAUAUUUGGAUCUUUCUCAGAACAUGUUGCAUGGGAACAUUCCGAGUGGGAUAGGAACCUUAUCUCACUUGCGUUGGUUGAGUUUGGAAUUGAACAGCUUCACAGGCAUAGUGCCUCCAUCCAUAUUUAACAAUUCUGCUCUCCAAAUGUUAGCCCUGGCAUACAAUGAAUUUACAGGGUACCUUCCACAAGAAGUAGGACAUACGCUUCCUAAUCUCAAGGAAAUUUAUUUGGGUCGUAACCGUUUUCAUGGGCAGAUACCAGCAUCGCUAGCUAAUGCUACUGGUCUAGAGAUCAUCGACUUCAGCUCAAACCAGCUCAGUGGUUCGAUACCUUUAGAGUUAGGCAGCUUGAUACAACUCAAAAAAAUGGGUCUUUCAAAUAAUUUCUUAACCAGCCCGCCUAGUACCAUUGGAGAACUUUCUCUCAUUACUGCCUUGACGAAGUGUAGAAGUUUGGAAGCAUUCGACUUCUCAGACAACUCUCUUAAUGGUGUUCUUCCUGCAUCAAUCGGCAACCUGUCGACCAACAUCAGGAUCAUUAGCAUGGGGAGAAAUGAGAUUAGGGGCUCCAUUCCUUCUGGAAUUACCAACUUAACAAACCUAAAUAUAUUGAGUUUAGAACUAAAUGAAAUAAGCGGCAUCAUACCAUCGAAUAUUGAAAAGCUGCAUAACUUGCAGGGUCUCGUUCUAUCUAGGAAUAGGCUAGAGGGGCUCAUCCCGUCUCAACUUUACCAAAUCGUUAGCCUCGUAGAACUGAAUGUAAGUGAAAACAUGUUGUCUGGCGAAAUCUCAAGCUCAAUAGCCAACCUCAGCAAUCUGCAAAAGUUAGACCUUCACGCAAACAAUCUAUCUGCAGAAGUGCCACCAACCUUUUGGGAGAUGGAAGCUUUAGUAUCGAUCCUUCUGCAGGACAACUCCUUGACUGGAUCUCUUCCUCUUGAGAUUGGAAAUUUGGGUGCAGUAUACUGGAUGGACUUUUCAGGGAACCAGUUAUAUGGGGACUUGCCUGCGUCAUUGACGAAGCUCCAGAUGCUUCAAUAUCUAAAUCUCUCCAAGAACUCAUUUUCGGGUCAUAUCCCCCAAAAACUUGAUGGAAUGGUGAACUUGGAAACACUUGACCUUUCUUAUAACUCUUUGUCUGGUGAAAUUCCAAAGUCGUUGGGGCUAUUGAGAAGUAUCAAGAGCUUGAACCUGUCUUUUAAUCAAUUGGAAGGAGAAAUUCCAAGUGAUGGGAUUUUUGCUAACCUUACUGCUGAUUCGUUUGUCGGAAAUUUUGCACUAUGUGGAGCUCCGAAAUUUCAAGUGCCAGUGUGUCCCGGCAAGAAGAAGAACCACCAGAUAUCCAAUGUGAGCAUUAAAACAAUUAUGGCUUGUACAAUUGGAGGCUUCAUUGUCCUUGUCAUUAUCAUCCUGCUCCUUAUUAAAUCAUACAGAAAAAAGCGAGCUCCACAACAUCACAACUCGGUUGAACUGUUCUCCGAAACGGGGCAUCCUUUGAUCUCAUAUAGAGAGAUAUUACAUGCUACCAAGAACUUCAGUCAUUCAAAUUUGAUUGGACGUGGAAGUUUCGGCUCUGUUUACAAAGGAAUCCUUUUUGAUGGAAGAACAGUAGCAGUGAAAGUUCUAAAUUUGCUGUUUGAGGGGGCAGAAAACAGCUUCAACGUCGAGUGCGAGGUCAUGAGAAAAGUCAGACAUCGAAACCUUUUAAGGAUUAUUACUUCCUGCUCCAACGCAGAGUUCAAAGCUUUGGUUGUUCAGUAUAUGCCAUGUGGAAGUCUAGAGCAUUGCUUGCAUACGAGUUCUCAGAACUUAAAUCUUCUCCAAAGAUUGAACAUCUUGAUCGACAUAGCUUGUGCCAUGGAAUACCUUCACCAUGAUUUCUCUGAGCCAGUAAUCCAUUGCGACUUGAAGCCAAGCAACGUGCUUUUAGAUGACAAAAUGACAGCAUACGUUGCUGAUUUUGGUAUCGCUAAGCUGUUAGUGGGAAGAAAGUCAUACACGCUUACAGAAACUCUCGGAACAACAGGAUAUAUAGCUCCGGAAUUUGGGCAGACUGGAAAAGUAUCAGCUAAGGCCGACGUCUACAGCUAUGGGGUUCUUCUCCUGGAGACCUUUACAAGAAGAAGGCCUACAGACCCGAUGUUUGCGGAGGGCUGUAGCUUGAGGCAGUGGGUAGCUGAAGCACUUCCUCAUGCGCUUCUAGAGGUUGUAGAUGGAAGCCUUCUGAAGGAGGAAGAUGGUACAAGCUGCAAUGGGAUGCAGGAGCUUGCAGGAAAAUGGACGACCAGAAAUGAGCUUCUUGUGUCCAUCAUGCGAGUGGGCUUGUCAUGUUCCAGGGAGUCUCCGACGGAGAGGAUGGACAUGAGAGAGGUUGUAGCUCGACUGAAGAAGAUCCAAGAAGAGCUGCGCAUCUCAGAAAUGACUUAACGGAUCAAGAAACCUGGCUUUCUGAAGUAUGAUCUUAAUGGUGUUUUUGAUGCUAAGAGUUCCUCUGUUCGUGGCUCUUGUUGCUUAAUUUCAGUUGUCAGUAUUUGCUCGAUUGUUUGUGUCUGGCAGUCUGGGAAUUAUCAACUCAUGUUUCAUCCGUUGCACCAACCUCCUUGGAUGCCACCUAUUUAUAAUUACUGUUCCAUUGUUGCAAAUAAAAGUAUUCCAAAUUUGGAAGAAAACAAAUAAUUUUUUUGGUAGAAGUUAUCCAUGAAAAAUCAUUUGCA